AUGUAUAUUACAAAAUUAUUUUCUAACAUACACAAGACAACAGCAACAACAACAACAACAAUAGAUAAUGAACGAUUUUCAUCCAUUACAAAUAGUAAUAAUGAUAAUAAUAAUAAUUAUUAUAAUAAACACUGUGAUUAUCCAUUUUUGGCUGCCAUUAUUCAUAGAACUAAAAAAUAUAUCAUCUGUACAGGUGUUGUUGUCGGUAAGGAUAUUGAAAUUCUUGUCGAAGCAAAUUGUGUCACAAAAAUCAUUAUGAAUGAAGCAAAUUAUUUCAUUUACAUUGGCCACACAAACUGGAGUGAACAUGGAUCAUUGGAUAAAGAAUCUGUAUUUGAUAUAAAUGAAAUCAUUCUACAUCCAAUGAAUUACAAUGAGAAUGGAACACAACAAUAUUAUGGACCAAUGGAUGAUAUAGCUAUAGUGAAAAUUAUCAGUUCCAGUGGUAGAAAAAAAUUCAUUUCACGUGCAUUAUUAUUAUCGGUGGACACUAUUGACGUGUUACAUGAUUGUAAAUAUAUUGGCUGGAUGGAUAAUGAUACAAAAUUCAUAACAAUCGAUGCAACAAUUAUAAAUAAAUAUGAUGAUUGUCAAAAAUAUUUCAAAGAUUUUAAUCCAAAAACAAUGUAUUGUCUACAAAUAAAUAAUGAUUGUAAGAUUCGUAAUGGUCAUUUUUAUGGCCCAUUAAUAUGUUCAAUAGAAAGCCAUUCGUUUAAAAUUAAUAUUACAUUAUCGAUUACUUCAUUUGUUAUUGAAAAAUGUUCAACAUUAACUGGUAUAUCAUUUGAAACUGAAAAUCUGUUUAUAAGUUCAAAGUUGUUAAAUUUUCAAAAAUGGAUCAAUGAAAAAGUUAAAAAACCACUUUAUAUUGAGCCAAAUUCAUUUAUGGCUAUAACAACACAGACUGAAGAAAUUCCAAUCUACACAACAACAACUGCAAUAGCAACCGCAAUAACAACAACAAUGAUUAAUGGAAAUCAAAUCAAAUCAAUGACCAAACAACCUAGGAUUAAUCAAUCGAAAAAUAUUGAUAAUGAUGUUGGUGGAUGGAAAAUAAACAAUACAUUCCAUUAUCUGGCAUUAGAUCGUAUUAAUUGGGUACCUUGUAUCAUAUUUUUCAUAUUAAUGUUUAUGACUGUAUCGAUAUUUGCAUUACUUGAAUGUGCAUUUGUUUAG